AUGCUGCCCUCAUCGGUGCGGCGCGUGGUCGCUUCGGCGCCGCAGUCCCCUCUCGUCGCCUCCCUCACCACCUCCGCUCCGAGAGCGGCUACGGCCACCAUCACCCUUCAGCAGAGACCCGUCGGUGGCCACCAGAGACGAUGGUCCUCCUCGAGCCCCUCGAACCCGAAUAACAACGGAUCCAAGGACAUUCCUGCCCAGGGCCAGUCCGUCCAUGCCUCGACAUCAUCGAGCUCCAGCAGCAGCGGCAAGGCCAACGGCGAGAAGCGGAAACGAAAGAGCAAGGACAGCGCCGAUAGGGAGGCUGCGCAGAAGCUGCCCAGCGUGCCCAGCACACAACAUCUUUCCCAAGAAGCUCUCGGCUUGUCAACCUUUUUCUCGCUGCACCGGCCGAUAUCUGUGACCCACAGCAUGCCCAAGUCAGUGACGGAAGAAGCCUUCGCCGCCAUCUUUAAGCCCCGGAGCAGGGCGAACAAGGUCACCGAUGUCAUCUCAACACUAUCGCGGACGACCGAUGACCUCGAGGGCGCCAUGGCCAAGAUGACCAUCGGCCACCAGGAGACGGAUGCGUCAGGCGAGCCCGUCCAAAAGAUCGACUUCAAGAACCCCGACGGCACCGAGUCGAGCGUCUACGUCCAGCUCAACAGCAUGGCCGGCCAGUUCGUCCCCUUCCGCCCUCCCCCGGCCCCCGAGGCCAUGGGCGAGACCGCCGACGCCGCGACAUCCCAUGCCGCCGCCGCCGAGUCCGCCGUCGAGGACCUCCUCGACGAGACCCCCCACCACCGCGUCUACAAGGCCAUGUUCACCAUCGAGGAGACGACCGACGCCGACGGCCAGGUCCAGGUCCUCGCCCACAGCCCCAAGAUCAUGCAGGACGGCGGCGACGCGCCCCGCUCGUUCCUCGAGCGCAUGGCCCUGCGCCAGAUGAAGUUUGACGAGGCGCAAGGCCACGAUACCAUGCACGCCCUCAGCGUCAAGCGCCAACGCAAGCUCAAGAUGAAGAAGAAGAAGUACAAGAAGUUGAUGAAGCGCACGCGCAACCUGCGCCGCAAGCUGGACAGAAUCUAA